GUCACUUCCGCUCUGAGGUUGACAGCACAACAACAGAAGAAGCAUCGUCCAAGGCGCACAGCGGAGACACGUCUGUGAACAGCAGCAGCCACGGGGACGGGAUGAAGGUGCUGACUUCACAGCAGGAGGUAGAUGAGGAGAGCUGCUCGCCUUCUGUUGAAUCCAACAACCAUCACAGCUGGGAGGACAGAGAGCAGGAGGAAGUUCUCCCCAAUCUCAAAGAGGAACAUACACAUGACCCAGAUAAGGACCACCCCAGGCCAGAGGCAGGAGUCAUUUGGAGAGUGGGCGGCGGAUUGUUCAGCAUGACUCGAAACGUUGUUGGUGCAACCCUGGGGGGUGUUGCAUGGGUAGGAACUAAAAGUUUUGAGAUCACCAAGACAGCUGUGACCAGUGUGCCAGCAGCCAGUGUAGGACUGGUCAAAGGAAGUGUCUCUGUGGUUACAGGAGGUGUUGGAGCAGUGGGAUCUGCGGUUGCAAGUAAAGUCACACCAAGGAAGAAGGACAAAGCUGACUGAUGUGUGAUGGGUUGUGUGUGUGUGUGUGUGUGUGUGUGUGUGUAUAAUGCAAACAAAAUACCUCGGAAGCUUUGAAUGGAUCUUCAUGUCAUCAUUCAUUUUCUCAUUUCAUUUAUUUAUUCAUGAGGACAACACACAUUAAUCCAUAUUAGUGUAAAUAUACCAGUAUUUGCCAGUUUUCAAAUUUUGACAAAUUUUCAAAUGUGGUUUUGACUGCAGAUGUUCGGAUAACCAGUACCUUCUUUGUCCAGAUGUUGCCACGAGUGCUACUUUGGUGAUGAAUCCAAAUAACAAAGACAACAACAACAAAAAACGCCAUAAAUGACAGAAAUAGCACAAAGUGAGAUUUGACAAGAUACAACUCAUCCACAACUGUACAAAACCACAAAACAUGAAUACAGUGAUACAACUUCAACAAAUACCAACACAAACGACAGACAACCCUGGCAACAAGCAGAGGACAAGUUAGCUUUAGGUAGGAUGACAAGAGCAGUUACAAAUAAUCAAAUUACGUAUUUAAGCUGUGCAUUCAUACAUGCUGCUACAAAGAUACAAAUCAAGUGAAACAAGUAUUCAAUACUGGAGAGUAGGGAAAGGUAUAACUUCAUGUAAAUGUGCCAUAGUGCAUGACAUCGACACAUGAUUAAGUGAGAGGCCUCACACAGCCGUAACAUUUUCCCUCAACUCGAUAGGAUCCAAGUACAGUGUUGCACGUAUGUUACUAAGGAGUUUGAGUACAGCUCAGUUUUACUUUGCUUUUACUUGCUGUUACAUGGUCUGAACACAUUUACCUAUACUGUGCACAACCAAGAGCACAAACAUGUAAAAAAAAAAAAAAGGGGGGGGGGGAGUGUUACCAUCAUCCAUUAAUCAGACAUAAUGACCCUGUUCAGGACUGGUAUUAACAUCACUACCCUAACCCUAACCCUCUGACAAUCAAAGUGGACAGCUGUGAGUACAAGUGUCAAAACACCCAACACUCACUGAGGACGCAUUUUAAAUUGAUCACUCAGACCUCAUUCGAAGGUGGCCACAUUGUUUGAGCAGUAUGUACGCAAAUGUGUGGAGGCCAAAUUGAAAGACUGCCUGCUCAGCGGGCGUCAUUUGACCCACUAAAGUUUCACAAUGCAUGACUCAUUUCAUUGCUCACUGAUUUUCUCAGCGCCUCCUUGCUCGUCGCUUUUCUCCAUCUCUCUCUCCCACAAAUAUAAGGACACUGACAACCGAUCUUCCUGUCAUCGUCAGACUGGCUGAUUACAACACAAUUAGGUAUUCGCAAAUUAAGCAUUUAGUGUUUACUUGCAUAUAGAGCGGUGAAGUGAGAUCUGAUCACAGGAGACACAUUCAAGAUGUGAACUGAACGGAAAUAUAGAGCUGUCCACUUGUGAUUGAAACCACCAGAAACCGAUGUUAAUAUCAGGUGUGAACAGGGCCCCUGAGAAUUAGAGACAGGUAUAACUUCGGAGAUUUAUUUAAUGAUUUACAAAGAAAAUCAACUUGAGUCUAAAUCCUAACAAAUGGACCAAUUCCUUAAAUGUUUCACUUCUAUUUUGAGUUUUUAUCGGUGUUUAAAUAAAUUAUAUAUUUUUUAAUUUUCAAUUUUCUUUGUUGAAUCUGAUGAAUCCUGUUUAUGUUCCCUUUAGAAAUGUAUUUUGACUUGCCAGCAUCCAGUUAGCAUAUGUCUUUUGAAAAUACAUGGUUCAUCAGGGACAGUUUGAUGGGUAAAUAAUACUGGAGCAACAAGAGUGGCACUCAGUAGAGUCCAUAUCGCAGUCUCACAAUGUUACAGAAAGUGAAGAAAAAAAUCUGCCUCUUAGUCUGUGUUUGCAACAAAAUGUAAUAGAUUUUUUUCUUGGCCAAUGUCCCAUCCUUCUACCAAGUUUCAUGGAAAUCGGUUAUGUAGUUUUGUUAUAAUCCUGCUAACAAACAGGCAAACAAACAAAACAUCCAGUCUGCUUUGAAGAAGUAGCUCUACUCUGAGGGCGUACCAUAACAUUUUGUCCUGUCAACACAAUUCUGGCUGAAGCUCUUAUAUUUAGCACCUUUAAAGAUAGAUUGAAGAAUAACGUUAUCUGCUGGAAACUCUUGAGUUGUGUCAUUACAUCAACAAACUGAAAAAAAGAACAGCAACACUUUUUAAAAUGAGGUUUGAAAGUAUCCAACAGCAGACACUUAGUUAUAACAGAAUACCAUGAAGUAAAGUUAGACUCUAUAUCAGAAGUACAUUUUAAGUCAUAGACAAAAAAUGUUUUUUAAUUAAAUUUGUAUAUCUGGAUCCACACCAAAAUGUACUGGGUUCUUCCUUGGUUCAUGCCCCACCCCUCCACAAACAAAUGCUGAUGAAAAUCGAAACUACCUGGUGGUGGUAAAAAGAUAAAGCAUCAUUUGGGCUAAAUAUAAAAUCAAAUGUAUGUUGCACAAUGUAGCAAUGUUGUUGUGUUUUUGAUAAGUGCACGCACACACACACACGCACACGUACUUAUUUAAUAAAAAAUACCCCCACCAAUGUUAAAACUAAAACUCUGCUCUUGAGUGUCAGGGUAAUUUCGGCCUAGCUUACUGUUUGGCUUCCACCCUUUGUUUUCACUGUUUGCAGUGUAACAUGCAGCCAGCAGUCUCUCACUUGGAGGACUAUCAGUGACGAAUACAGACAAAGCAGAUAAUGGAAGAAGUUUGUGUCACUUUCCAUUGCAGAACAUUACAUGUACAUGGACCUUAUUUUCAGGAGCCAUUGUCUGCUGAUGAACAUUUUCUUACCUCAACUGUAAGUUUUUGUUUUUCAAAGUGACUUUAUGUUCAUAUUUAGUAUUGACAGUAUUUAUUUCCAUGAUGUGUAUUUUUACAGCAUAUUUCUUCAACAUUGUCUUUGUUGCCAUCCUAUGGGUUGACUGGAGCCAAUUUCACAACAUUUAUGUUUCCUUAUUCUUACAGGGAGAUUACAAAUGUUUCAAUCACAUUUGGUAAAUUGCCUUUACAGUUAAUUAGUGAAAAGUAUCUACAGAAAGAGAACACAGAAAUAUCAGCUUGCAAAUGUAAUGAAACUGGCUUCAGGUGAAUUGUAUGCUACAGUUUACUACUGAAUCUGAAAAAAACAUGCUACUGCUGAAUAUGUUUAACCAUUUUGUUGCUCUCCACAUUAUAAAUGUAAUUUUGUAAUGCAAACAACAAUAAUAAUUAAUAAUAUUUGCCCGAAAAAAACAGCAAUAUCACAUCUCAAAGUGUAAAUGCAAUAUGUACAUUUGAAAUGUAAAUUUGUGUGGACUUUGUGGACCUGAGCAAUAACACUUCAUUUAUGUGUCCGUGGUUUUCUGGAGCUUUGAUUAGUUAGUGUCAGUUAUGAGUCAGUGCUCAUUUCAUAAAGCCCCAAUUCAUUAAUUCCAUUUGUUUGUGUAACUGAAAAUCUUAAAACGAAUACAUAGCGGCUCCACUGAACAUGCAAAACAGAAACUUGUCAGUACAACGAUUCUUCAUGUAGGGGGAAAGCAUUUCAGUUGUAAAUGAAUAAUUAAUAUUUGUUUAGGUUUGAAAUUAUGUCUUUCCUGGACAUUACUAUUUCCCUAUAUUUACUUUCCAGAAUACAGAAAACAAACUGAAGCACUGCUUCCAGCACUGAGAGACAAGUGAAUGUUGAACUACUAUUGGUCAGUUGGCUUGAAGCAACACUUCGGUGUGUUGAUGUGGCUCUGUAUCUUCUGGGUGUUUGUUUACACUAGAGCCUCAACAGUUUAAUGAGCUCACAGAAUAUCACAGCUGUAUUUUUGCUAUUUUGUUUUGUCUGUCUGCCACCUAUAGGUCAAACAAUCUGAAACAUAUGUCCCAUUUAGUCAACAGAGGAGUUAUGAAGAAGACAUACCACAUCUGCAGAAUUAAGUAUGAAGAACGAACUGUUGGCAUUUGUUUGAAUUUUGUAAUUGCACUGUUACUGUGAAGCUACAUUUUUAUAAGUGAGUGAAAAUCCUUUUACAUUUGCUGCAUGCCUAAAAACAGUGUUUUACACAAUCGUCUGUUCUCUCUUUUACUUUUAGCCUGACUCCUCCCUUCCUCUUUCUGAUGGUUUGUAACCCUGCGACUUUUCAGACCAAGCAAUUUUAUGUAUUAUAGAAUUAUUUUUGCAGAUGUGAUAAGACUGUAUUCUGUCAAAUAAAAACAGCAGUGUUUUCUUUCAA